AUGCGUCAUGGUAAUAAAUUAGUUAAAUUAGGUAGAGAUUCAAAACACAGAGAAUUGAUGUUUCGUACUAUGGUAACCCAAUUAAUUCGUCAUGAACGUAUUAAAACCACAUUAGUUAAAGCAAAAGCAUUAAGAAAAGAAGCUGAAAAGAUCAUCACAAUUGCAAAGAGAAAUACCAGACAAUCACAUUCAUUAGUUUAUUCAUAUCUCACCGAUAGAAAAGUUAUCCCAAAAUUAUUUAAAGAACUUAGACUUCGUUUCAACACUAGAGAAGGUGGUUAUACUAGAGUAUUAAAAUGUGGUACUCGUUUAUCAGAUAGAUCAAAGAUGGCAUUCAUCGAAUUUGUCGAAAAUGAUCUUCAACCACUUCGUGAUUUUAAAGCAAACAACAGUAAAUUCGGUAUCACCAAAAAACCAACUCCACAAGGUACUCUCUUUAGUUUCGAAGAAAAAGAAUCUGGUAAAGUUCUUUCAUCUGCUUUAUCUUUAAAUAACAGAUUUAAAAAAUUAGAAUUACAAAAAAAGCAACAAAAUUAA